AUGCAGGCAUCUAUUUUCCAGCCAAAUGCCUCCAUAUACCUGGGACCACCGGAGGACCCCCCUCUCUCCCGUACUGGUUACACCGUCCUGGCGGUCAUUAUGGCGCUUUUCUCGGGGCCGGCCAUCGUGCUCAACGCUACAGUGAUCAUCGUGUCCUUAAUGCACAAACAGCUGAGGCAGCCCCUCAACUAUGCUCUGAUGAACAUGGCAGUGGCUGACCUGGGCACUGCUCUGAUCGGGGGGCUGCUGACCGUGAUCACCAACGCUCAGGGAUACUUCUCUCUGGGGCGGACCGGCUGUGUGCUGGAGGGGUUUGCCGUCGCUUUGUGUGGCAUCACGUCGCUCUGCACCGUGGCUCUCAUUGCAGUGGAGAGGAUGUUUGUCAUCUGUAAACCUCUUGGACUUGUUACCUUUGAGAAGAAACACGCUCUGGUCGGCAUUGGUCUGUCAUGGCUCUGGUCUUUAGCGUGGAACCUGCCCCCUCUUUUUGGAUGGGGCAGGUUUGAGGUGGAAGGAGUUGGGACGUCUUGUGCCCCCGACUGGCACAACAGAGACCCCAGCAACGUCUCCUACAUUCUGUCAUACUUCACCGUGUGCUUUGCUUUUCCCUUCGCAAUCAUUGUGCUGUCAUAUGGAAAACUGCUGUGGACGCUGCACAAGGUGUCAAAGAUGGAGGGUGUGGAGGGAGGGGCAGUGUCCAAAGGAGAGGGUCGUGUGGCCUUCAUGGUGGUGCUGAUGGUGCUGACUUUCCUGGUGAGCUGGAUGCCUUACGCCACACUCGCUCUGGUCGUGGUUCUGUGUCCUGAUGUGAAGAUCUCUGCUCUGGUGGCGACUAUUCCUGUUUAUCUGGCCAAAAGCAGCACUGCCUACAACCCCAUAAUCUACAUUUACCUCAACAAACAGUUUCGUAAAUACGCAGUGCCUUUCCUACUGUGCCGGAAUUUGUCGGUGGAAGAUGAAGGAUCUGAGUUAACUGUGGCAGAGUCUAGUGUCUCCAAAGUGUCUCCACCUUGA